AUGCUUCUGUCCUCAGGAUGGCCAGCCUUGCUAUGGGUGGCCACGGUACUGCUGGGCUUGUUAGCCCCAGUGACCGUAGCCGAUGAUAUCAAGACAUCAGAAACGUUCAAAGUUCUUACUAGCUCUGACAAUAUGGGAGGAAGCUGCGACUCCAAGACAACUCAGGUCGAUGCUAUGGUUCCUGAAAUUCAGGCCUUGAUCACGGCGGCGACCGACGCCAUCGACACCCUCUUAAAUCCGUCAACGUCAUCAUUACUGAGUUCCUCGAAGAGGAAGGAUAGAAUGCGUCUUCUUCUGCUGGCGAAGCAGUUUUUCGGUACAUCUUUCAGCACCAAAACUCUCAAGGUGGACUCAAGCACCAAAGGAACGUUGACAACUGUCAAGGGGAGAUUCGAUCAAAUCACGGCUCAAAUUAAUGCCAAAGACAAGACAUGGCGAUUUGGCUGUGACGACUCGUGGCUUCGGUACACUACAAAGCUGCAGUCGGAGUAUGCUAACUAUGCAGUUGGCACUCCGAUUGAGGAAAUCCCUGGACUUGGAAGCGGAGGAGCCUACACUUGGGCAUUCUUUGACAUCGGAGGUCCAACGCUGAGACCUGAAAAGAGUGAUAAUGAUUAUACCACUCAAAUGACUUGGUACAUGUCCCAAGCCAGAGGAUGGUUUGACACAGGUCCAUGCAGUGGUAUUAAAAAGGGUACCCCAAACACGGUUUACCCGGAUGCUCAGACUCUCAAAGACCAGCAGAUCAUUUACUUCUGCCCUCGUGUCUGGGAUGACAUCGGCACGCGACUCAAGGACGAUGCUAGGAACUAUAAGACUGCCACCAUUGCUACCGAUGGGACGCAGUAUCUUGAUAGUUACAUGACCCCUGGAGCUACUCUGCUUCACGAGAUGACCCAUCAGGUAUUUAGUUCAGACGAUGGACCACCAACGGGUCUUGGGUAUUUCUUUGAGAAUGUUGCCAAAGGGAAGGAUAAUCCCAGUCAAGCAACCAUGAACGCAGAUAGUUAUCCCUACUUUGCGGUGGCGGCAUAUCUUUCUCAGGUGCGAUGGCAUACUGGCAUUGCGACGAAGGAAUGA